CAAGUAUUGACCAACCACUGCACACUUCACACGUGGUCUGUACUCGUUAAUAAAAUCAACCGCUUCUUUUACUAUAAGUAGAGCUACACGGUGUUUAAAAAAUUCGUGCCUAUCUAUGUAUGAAGGAACAACGCACUUUUAAAUGUUACAAGAAAUACAGAAUUGUUACCAUAUAUGGUACAAAGAGUGCCUAAGGACCUGGCGGAUUCCCAAUAUCCUGCGAGCUCGCCCUUUUUAUCACGUGUAUACCUUGUUAGAAGUAAAGGAGAAUCCAGCGGUGAUUGUGCCUCUAAGUGAUGCAUGUGAGGGAAGCUGUGAAGAUUUUGCCAAGAAAGUAAAGCGCAAUAGAAGUUUUGUACGAGCGGUAACAGUUGUCCCGAAGAAUAUCGAAGAUUCCAGAGUCCUCGACACUAAAACAACAAACAUGGCGGACGAAAUAGAGUUACUCGAAAAAGGAGAAAAUAUCGCGAGAAAUGGCAACUCAAAUCCACCGAGACCAGGAGAUAGUAACCUCAUAAGCGAAGGAAAAAUAGUGGACUUUGUGAUGGUUUACGAGGAAACUAAAGGAAAAGACGAGGAAGAAAUAAGAGAUGAAGAAGAAAAGGCGGAAAUGCGACGGAAUUUUGAAGAACACUUGAUAAAAGAAGGCUUACUGCUUCAGCACACUGAUUCUGAUUUGAACGAGGAGGUCAACAAAGUCUUUGUUCUCAUCCACGCGCCUUGGGACGUCCUGACGAGGUUUGCAGAGAAGAUGCUGCUUCGUUUUCCACUACGUGAGGCGAGCCCACCUCCAGCGGCACAGGGAUUCGAUAAAAUCCCGGAACUCAUUUCUAAUUGGUCGAAGAUUUUCGACCCACCUUCGUGUGGCAUCACAAAGGAGAAGCGCUUCGUACACGGAUUAUUCUCUCGCGACAAAAAAGACUCAUUUCUCAUAUCCGACAAGGAUAAGUUCUUUUCGGAUCUUGAUCGGAGUCGAAUCGUUGCUCGGAUUCUAAGAUUGUGCCGGUUUUCAUCGGAGCCAGACGAUUUUGGAAUCGACCGUUUGCUUCAUCGAGGAGUCUACGGGGCUGCGUAUCCGCUUCACGAAGGAUUAUCGACCUCGUACCCUACCGACUCUUCGGCAAAUCAUCGGGAGUAUUUACAGUACUCGUGGGCGUCGUUCCGCCAAUGGUAUCGCUUCCAGCCGCUGAAUGAAAUCAAGAGUUACUUUGGAACGCGCGUCGGGUUCUACUUUGCGUGGUUAGGGACUUACAACCUGAUGCUCGUUAUUGCUGCUUUGGUUGGCUUGUUUUGUUUUAUAGGCGGUCUAGCGAGUAUCGAAAGCUUUGUUCCUGCGAAAGAAAUCUGCGAUAAGGCAAACGAGAAACUAUUUUACAUGUGUCCUCUCUGCGACGUCGACUGCAGUUACUGGUCGCUUCACACGAGCUGCAGAUACUCCAAGAUCACACACUUAUUCGACCACGAGGGGACAGUCUUCUUCGCUGCCUUCAUGGCCUUGUGGUCCUCGCUCUUCUUGGAGGUCUGGAAACGCCAGCAGACCAGCCUCGCCUUCGAGUGGGACAUGCUUGACUUCGACGAGGAAUUGGAGCCUGCGAGACCACAAUUUGUGGAAGCGGUGAAAGAGCGCCGACCCAAUCCAAUCACUGGUAUCUUGGAGCCUUUUGUCCCCUACGCGAAGCAAUUGAUCAAACAGACGUGUGCAUUUGUGGUCGUUCUCCUGAUGAUCCUGCUUGUUAUUGCUGCAGUCGUAGGGGUCAUCGUCUACAGAGCUGCAAUGUCUGCCGCGUUACACUCGUACCCUCGCGAGGAUGUCCGCCGAGGCGCGCGAGUCAUUACCUCAAUAACUGCGUCCACUAUCAACUUGGUCGCAAUAACCAUUCUAAGCUAUGUGUACAACUAUAUCGCGGUCUUUCUCACCAACUGGGAAAACCCGCGCACUAGGACGCAGUACACGGACGCACUGACCUUCAAGAUGUUUUUGUUUCAGUCCGUCAAUAUGUACUCGUCGUUGUUUUAUAUCGCGUUCUUUAAGAGUGCCAUGAUCGUUGGCGUGCCCGGAAGGUACACUCGGAUAGGGGGAGGCCGGCUUGAGGGGUGUGACCCUUCGGGAUGUCUGAUCGAGUUGUGCAUUCAGCUGGCUAUUAUUCUUGGAGGGAAGCAGGCCAUUUCACUCAUCAUAAAGAUUGUAUUACCAUGUUUAUGGCGGUGGUGGAAUCGCAGAUCUCAACGAAAUCUUCUGGAAACAGGGGAACUGGAUCGCUGGGAGUUGGACUACCUCCUUAACCCGGAACCAGACUUUAGGAUGUUCUAUGAGUACCACGAUAUGGUUCUCCAGUUUGGCUUCGUAACCAUGUUUGUAGCCGCGUUUCCGCUGGCCCCAUUGUUUGCAUUACUCAACAACAUCCUGGAACUUCGAAUCGACGCCAUCAACUUUGUGGUGACUACCCGCAGGCCCGUAGCAGAGCGGGCUCGUAAUAUCGGUUCCUGGCUGGGUAUAUUACAGACGUUAAGCAGAUUCGCAAUUCUUGUCAACUCAUUCGUCAUUGCUUUCACGUCUGAGUUUAUCCCACGGCUGGUGUAUACCGUAGCGUACAGCCCAGACGGGUCACUGAAUGGAUACGUCAACAACAGUUUGUCGUCCUUCAACGUGCGUGAUUUUGAGAGGCAGUCCUUACCGCAGGAUCCAUUCCAGAAUUUACCAUAUAACAACACGUACUGCAGGUACAAAGAGUAUUUCGAGUCCACGAGCCCAUACAUGUACAGCCGACAGUUCUAUUACGUCCUGGCGGCCCGCCUCGCUUUCGUGAUUAUCUUCCAGUACCUAGUCAUCUUUACGGUCUUCCUGAUAAACUGGCUGGUCCCGGAUGUACCGUACUCGCUGGAAAUCCGCAUGAAACACGAAAAGUACAUAGCGCAGAAGAUGUUGCAUAGGGAGCGGGACGAAGGGGGGGAGGGGUCGCAGAACUCUGUCUAUAUGUCGUGUGAGAAUGUCGCAAGAAACAGGAAACCAGAAAACAAGAAUAGCGUCUAGUUUUGAAAAACUUUACCUAUUUGUCGCGUGAGAAUGUGAAGAGAAACAGGAAACCAGAAAACAAGGAUAGCGUCUAGUUUUGCAAAAGUUUGUCACGUGAGAUUGUGGAAAGAAACAGGAAACCAGAAAACAAGGAUAGCGUCUAGCUUUGCAAAACAUUGCCUAUUUGUCGUGUGAGAAUGUGGAGAGAAACAGGAAAACAGAACACAGGGAUGAUAGCAUAUAGUUUUGCAAAACUUUGCCCAUUUGUCGUAUGAGAAUGUCGAGAGAAAUAGGAAACCAGAUAAAUUGGAUAGCGUCUAGUUUUGCAAAACUUAGCCUAUUUGUCGGGUGAGAAUGUCCUGAGAAACAGGAAACCAAUAAUCAAGGAUAUGGUCUAGUUUUGCAAAACUUUGGCUUUUGGCAAAGUAGCGUCUAGGUUUUACAAGAAAUCUAUGUCUAUAUGUCGUAUCUCGAAGGUAUUAAACAUCAUUGACACAGCGUGAACAACGAAAGCGUUUAUACAGCGAAAAUUUGCAAAACAUCAUACAAUGGUCUUGAGCUCAAGGAAUAUUAAAUUAUGUUGAUAAAA